AUGGAUUCCUUUAAAGGUGGAAUGAAUUUGGAGAGACUGCCCGAAAGCUUGAGACCCCAACCCUCCCAUGACAUGGCUUCCAGCUUCCAUUUGCAAAGAUCCUCGGAACCCAGAGACCCGAUCGACAACUCAGCCAGUGAAUCCUCCGACACGGAGGUGCCAGAGAAGGAGCGCAGCGGAGAGCAGAAAAACGAGGACGGGGCCGCUGACGACCCGGCGAAGAAGAAGAAGCAGCGGCGGCAGCGGACCCACUUCACCAGCCAACAGCUGCAGGAGCUGGAAGCCACUUUCCAGAGGAACCGCUAUCCUGACAUGAGCAUGCGGGAGGAGAUCGCCGUCUGGACCAACCUCACCGAGCCCCGAGUGCGGGUCUGGUUCAAGAACCGCCGAGCCAAGUGGAGAAAGCGGGAACGGAACCAGCAGAUGGACCUGUGCAAGAACGGGUACGUGCCGCAGUUCAGCGGGCUGAUGCAGCCCUACGACGACAUGUACGCCGGGUACCCCUACAACAACUGGGCCACCAAGAGUCUCACCCCGGCUCCUCUUUCUACCAAGAGCUUCACCUUCUUCAACUCCAUGAGCCCUCUCUCCUCGCAGUCCAUGUUCUCGGCGCCCAGCAGUAUCUCCUCCAUGAACAUGCCCUCCAGUAUGGGUCACUCGGCAGUGCCGGGCAUGGCCAACUCCGGCCUCAACAACAUUAACAACAUCAGCGGUUCCUCGCUCAACUCGGCCAUGUCCUCGCCGGCCUGUCCCUACGGGCCGCCGGGCUCGCCGUACAGCGUCUACCGGGACACUUGCAACUCCAGCUUAGCCAGCCUCAGACUGAAAUCUAAGCAGCACUCCAGUUUCGGCUACAGCAGUUUGCAAAGCCCCGGCUCCAGUCUAAACGCCUGUCAGUAUAACAGUUGACGGACUUGACACAAACCACCUCCGACAAAGCAAGGCAAAGCAAAGCGGCGCCUAACGGAAAAGAAGAAAAAAAGUUAUAUAAAAGUUAAAACCCGAUGAUGAUUAAAAGCAAAACCCGAGAGAGGAAAAAAA